UCUCCAACAAAUCAGAGAAAACAAAAAGUGUACAGUUUCGUUUGCUAGGGGUGCUGUAUUACAGAGCGAUGAGUGAAGAACAAGACUCGGAAGAAGCACAGCAGCUUCUGGAGGUCGUGGAGACGUACAUCACUGACAUUUCAAAAGAGUUUAAAGAAGGGCUAGCACAGAUCAAGAAAGAAAAUGUCGAAGUCCUAAACUCUGUAUCAAACAGACUUUCCACAGUUGAAGUGGAAAGUCAGGCACUGCGCAGGGACAUAGAACGACUAGAAAAACAGAUAGAGGACGUGGCAAAGGGAAUCUCAAAAGAUAUUACGGAUCAUUUACAGGGGAUGCCAUUUUUCCUUCAGCCGUGCACACAACACCAAAUUGUAAUUACAAACAAAGACUUGGAGAAUCUGGAGAGGAUGGACUUAGAUUUGGGUAGUGUUAGCGCUGAAACAGAAACGUCAACGCAGGAAGUUGCGCAGCCAUGUACCUCAACCCCUGACCCUCAGACACCGGCGCCAUCCAGGAAAACCAAAUUUUUCUGGAAAUGGAACUCCGCAGCUGAAGACUGGCUCUAUGAAAAGUGCCGUAAGAAUUCGUUCAGUCGAAGCAGGGCUAUUAAGUCCGAAAUCUUUAAAGAAGGCAUCAGGGAGAAACUGUGGACCGACAGCGUUACUUGGAGUGUGCGAGUGUUUAAUAAAAUAGACACGAUCUGCAAAGGCAACUAUUAACGUUUUGUGUUGUGCAUAAAACUGUCAUUUUAUGGUCUAAAUAAGACGAUGGCAUUAGCCCAGUACAGUGUACUUUGACGCAACAUGCACAACUGUAUUAUUGACUACAUUUAUUUCAAUUUCUAAUUCGUAAGUAGCGAUGGGAACUUGUGUAAGAUUUGAAGAAUUAACAUAUUUGUUAAUGUGUACUUAGACCCAUUUGUAUUUUCUUAAGUUACAUAAAGAUCAUUCGUUUUU